UGAAUGAAGACAUAGCUUUCAUUGGUUGUACUAUUCAUAGAACUCUUCCUGCUUACUACUGUGGAGAGCCAUGGUUUAGCGGUAUAGAAGUAUCCGAUAUGUCUCCGAAAGAGCCAUACAGAGACCAACAAGAAACUACUAUAGACCGCGUUGGAAUUUCCUUCCAGAGUUUGUCUGCUCAACAUAAAUACGGCGUGGUUUCCUCAGUUCUUUUCCCUCUGUUCCUCAUUCUCCAUCUCUCAACUCUUUGGAUUCUAUUGAUCAAUAUCAAAGACAACUUCGGCAGACCACUUUAUCUAAAAAGGAAACAUUGACAUUCAACUCAUUAGCCAUGUCCGAGUUUACAGAAAAGAACAGACAGGUCUGGGAAAGCUAUUCCAAGACAUACAAAACCCGGUUCGAAAAGGGCACAAAGUUGUUAUACCGCUUGACUCAGGAAAAGCGCCUUUGGUGUAGUGACGUUUGGACUGAUACCGAAGCCGGGCAAGGCAAAGAGAUCAAGGUGUUGGAAUAUGCAUGUGGGCCUGGCGUUGUAUCUACGGCAUUGGCGCCAUUCGCCACCAAAGUCGUCGGCAUCGACGUCGCGGACGGCAUGGUCGACGAGUACAACGCUAGCGCUCGUGAGGGCGGUUUUGAAGACAAAAUGAUCGGCCAUAAGGGUGACCUCCUGGCCGAGCCAAUGCCAGAGGAAUUCUCAGGGCCAGAGUAUUCCGAUUUCGAUGUUGCAUUUGUCAGCAUGGCCCUUCACCAUUUCGAAAAGCUGGAUCUGGCCAUGAAGCGCCUCGGGGAACGACUGAAGAAGGGUGGUGUGUGUCUGAUCAUCGACGUACUUCCACACGGCAAGCAUGACCAUAACGCCCAUGAAAUGCACAACUCCAACCAUGAAGCCGCACACACGAUCAAGACUCAUGGUUUCACCUUGGAGGAUAUGCGCAAGCUGUAUGAAACUGCUGGGCUUGGAAUGGGGUUCGAUUAUCAAGUCAUUGAAGAGCCACUGGUGUUUGAGAGAGACGACAAGACAUUCUCCAAGACCAUCUUCAUUGCCCGGGGCCAGCGUCAGUAAGUUCUGCUCUUUGGGGAGAUAUAACGUCUGGUUGUGUAUGGAAAGGAGACAUGAAUAUAGUAUAGAUUAGGUUCUAAGCUAUACAUAUAAUAAUAGACUUAGACAUAUGCUCUCUUGUCGAUGUAGACCUUGUGCUGAGACAAGCAAAGCUCGCUGUGGAUAAAUUAAUUAGAACCUAUGGUCAGUACUGCAUUGAUAGUUCUAGGACAAAUAUGAAAAGAGUUUGUUGCGGGCGUUGGAUACUGUGAUGUUGGAGUGGUGAAAGCCCGGGGAAGAGUAUCCAAUCAUAUUUGAGGAAUAGUCAGACACGAUCGAGGUAGGUUUGUAGGUACACGCCUUCUGAAGGCGAGAACAGGAAGUUUAUCUGCCAGUUUCAAGUGACGUGGCAUGAUUCUUACAUCGGCCAUGCCAUUGACACCAAA